AUGUGGAUCGAUGCUCAUGCGUAUGUGGACCACAUCAACGACAAGGCCAUCGGCUUUGACUUUUACAUCCCCGGCCUGCUCUCCACUGGCGGCCUCGUCAUGAUGAACCUGGUCUCGCCCGGCCAGCUCAGCAACGACGCCAGCUCGAUGUUCUCCAACGGGUCGGCCGACCGUGCGCGGGUCUUCUUCCUCAUUGCCCUCGUCAUUACCUUUGCUGGUGUCAUUGGCGGGUUCUGGAUCAUGGCCGCCCACUACGCUAGCGACUCGGACAAGGUCAAGACCACAUGGCCCGGCGCCGCCAUCGUUCUCCAGCAGCUCUGCCUCCUCGCAUCAGGCCUUAUCUUCUUCUUUGGUCGCGACGAGGGCGAGGCGUCGUCCUUCUAA